UGGAGCUCAGCGCACAACUUCUCUCCAGUUCUGCCGCUGCUGCCGCUGCUGGAGUUUUCUCUAGGAUUUGCUUCUUCUGACAAGACAAGACGGACUUUAUCUCUUCUCCUGCCAACAUGUAUUCAGCAGCACUGCUACUGAUGCUGACCGUCCGGAUCUACGCAGACAGCAUGGAAGGACCAACAGCUGGCUGUACCUUUGACGAGGACUCAGACCCUGGUUUGUGUGAAUACCGACAGGGCCAAGACGAUGACUUUGACUGGCAGCUGAUCAGAACCUACAACUGGCCACACCCAACCCCUGAUCUCCUACGAGGAUCCUUCAUGAUGGUCAAUUCCUCCCAGCAUUUUGGGGGGCAGCGUGCUCAGCUGCUGCUGCUGCCGCUCAGCGAGAACGACACUCACUGCAUCCAGUUCAGCUACUUCCUGUACAGCCGUGAUGGCCACAGCCCUGGAGACCUGCAGGUCUACAUCCGGGUCAACGGUGGCCCCAAGGGCAGCGCCGUGUGGAAUAUCUCCGGCUCCCAGGGACGCCAGUGGCACCAGGUGGAGCUCGCCGUCAGCACUUUCUGGCCCAGUGAAUACCAGGUCAUCUUUGAAGCGACCGUUUCCGAGGAGCGACAGGGUUACAUUGCCUUGGACGACAUUGUGCUGCUCAAUUACCCCUGCUACAAGGUGCCUCAUUUCUCUCGGCUGGGUGAUGUGGAGGUGAAUGCCGGGCAGAACGCCUCGUUCCAGUGUGUCGCCACGGGCAAAGUUUCUGAGGUUGAGCCCUUCUUACUGGAGCGGAGAAGCGGUGUGGUGCUGGACACGUCCCUGCUGUCUCGGCUCAGCCACAAGCGGCUGAUGGCGACUUUCCAGGUGGAGGCGCAGCGUGGAGAGCAGGACCUGUACCGGUGCAUCACCUCGUCCCCCAGAGGUGCUGCUGUCUCCAACUUCGGAGAACUCAUUGUCAGAGUGCCGCCAACACCGAUCGCACCCCCUCAGCUCCUGCGGGCAGGUCCCACCUAUCUGAUCAUCCAGCUCAACACCAACUCGAUUGUGGGCGAUGGACCAGUCAUUCGUCGGGAAAUCCAGUACAGGGCCAGCCAGUCCACGUGGACAGAAACACAUGGUGUGGGCUCACUUACCUACAAGGUUUGGCACUUGGAGCCGGACACAGAGUACCGCAUCAGUGUCCUGCUCACCCGGCCUGGAGAGGGAGGCACCGGAGCUCCUGGACCUCCACUGAUCAGCAGGACCAAGUGUGCAGAGCCAAUGCGUGCCUUACGGGGACUGACAGCCACAGAGAUCCAGGCCCGGCAGCUGGCCCUUCAGUGGGAGCCACUUGGUUACAACCUCACCCGCUGCCACACCUACACUCUGUCCCUGUGCUACCGCUACUCCAUGCCAACAGGGGGCAGCGGAGGGAACAACGCCACCGUCAGAGAGUGCCUGUCUGUGGAUAGAAACACUUCUCACUUCACCCUGAGAGACCUGCCACCCUUCCGUGCAGUCCAUGUCCGGCUGGCCCUGGCCAACCCUGAAGGCAAGAAGGAGAGCAGAGAGGUCACCUUCCAGACUGAGGAGGACAUUCCUGGCGGCAUCGCUCCAGAGUCUCUGACCUUCACCCCGCUCGAUGACAUGAUCUUCCUCAAGUGGGAGGAGCCCAUCGAGCCAAAUGGCCUCAUCACACAGUAUGAGAUCAGCUACCAGAGCAUUGAGUCGUCAGAUCCCGGCAUCAAUGUGCCUGGUCCUCGCCGUACGGUGUCCAAGCUGAGGAACGAGACCUACCACAUGUUCUCAGGCCUGCAUCCUGGAACCACCUACUUAGUGUCUGUUCGUGCCCGAACUGCCAAAGGCUUUGGCCAGACGGCCCUCACUGAGAUCACCACCAACAUCUCUGCCCCUGUGUUUGACUAUGAAGACAUCCCCUCUCCGCUGAGUGAGUCGGAGAGCACCAUCACUGUGCUGCUGCGCCCUGCCCUGGGGAGAGGAGCUCCUGUCAGUGCCUACCAGGUAGUGGUGGUGGAAGAAGAUGGGUCCCGUCAGGUGAGGAGGAGGGAGCUGGGCACCGUGGACUGUUUCCCCACACCAACCUCCCACAGUGAGGCCCAGGCCAAAGGGACCCCGCAUUACUACACUGCCGAGCUGGCUCCCAGCAGCCUGCCGGAGGCCACGCCUUUCACCGUGGGCGACAAUCACACCUACAACGGCUACUGGAACAGUCCUUUGGACCCCACCAAGAACUACCUCAUCUACUUUCAGGCCACCAGCAACUUCAGAGGGGAGACGAGAAUAAACUGCAUUCGGAUUGCUCGCAAAGCUGCCUGUAAAGACUCUAAGAGGGCCCUGGAGGUUUCCCAGCAUGCCGAGGACAUGGGUCUGAUCCUUGGAGCCUGUGCCGGUGGUCUGGUGGUCCUCAUCCUGCUGCUGGGGGCCAUUGUCAUCAUCGUCAAGAAGGGAAGGGACUUCUAUUCUUACCCUUACUACCCUAGGAAGAAGGUGCCCAUAAACAAGGCAGCCAUGUCCUACAGGCAGGAAAAGAGUCGGAAGCUGAGCUCUUUGGACUGCAGUAUGACGGAGCAGAGCACUCUCCAGCAGGAUGAGAGGAUGGCCCACUCCUUCAUGGAUGCCCACGGCUGCAACACUCGAAAUGAGCAGCGAAGCUCUGUCAAUGAGUCCAGCAGCUUACUGGGAGGCUCACCCCAACGCCACUGCCGGAGGAAGAGCUCGCCGUAUCACACGGGUCAGCUCCACCCUGCUGUCCGGGUGGCUGAUCUCCUGCAGCACAUCAACCAGAUGAAGACGGCGGAGGGAUACGGCUUUAAACAAGAGUAUGAGAGUUUUUUCGAUGGCUGGGACGUCACGAAAAAGAAAGACAAGACCAAAGGAAGGCACGACAGCUUGCUCAGUCACGACCGCCAUCGAGUCAAGCUCCACUCUCUGCUGACGGACCCCAGCUCAGACUACGUCAAUGCCAACUAUAUAGACGGUUACCAGCGAUCGAAUCACUUCAUCGCCACUCAAGGCCCCAAGCAGGAGAUGAUCUACGAUUUCUGGCGGAUGGUUUGGCAGGAGAACUGCUUCAGUAUUGUCAUGAUCACCAAGCUGGUGGAAGUGGGCAGGAUGAAGUGCUGUAAGUAUUGGCCUGAUGACACUGAGCUCUACGGUGACAUUAAGAUAACACUGCUGAAGACAGAAACACUGGCAGAGUACACAGUGCGCACCUUUGCCAUGGAGAGGAGAGGUUACCCUGCCAAACAUGAGGUGUGCCAGUUCCACUUCACCUCCUGGCCUGAGCAUGGCGUGCCUUACCAUGCUACCGGCCUGCUGGCUUUCCUGCGUCGGGUCAAGGCCUCAACACCUCCUGAUGCUGGACCUGUGGUGGUCCACUGCAGUAUGGGCGCAGGCAGGACCGGCUGCUACAUCGUGCUGGACGUCAUGCUGGAUAUGGCCGAGUGUGAAGGAGUCGUGGACAUCUACAACUGUGUGAAGACCCUCUGCUCCCGUCGCAUCAACAUGAUCCAGACUGAAGAGCAGUAUGUGUUCAUCCAUGAUGCCAUCCUGGAGGCUUGUCUGUGUGGAGAGACGGCCAUCCCUGUUACUGAGUUUGCUCUCACCUAUAAGGAAAUGCUGAAGGUGGACUCUCAGAGCAACACGUCACAGCUCAGAGAGGAGUUUCAGACUCUCAACUCUGUGACUCCUCACCUGGAUGUGGAGGAAUGCAGCAUCUCUCUGAUGCCAAGGAACCGCGAGAAGAACCGCAGCAUGGACGUGCUUCCACCGGACCGCUCGCUGGCCUUCCUCGUCACCACUGAGGGAGAGAGCAGUAACUACAUCAACGCAGCACUCGCAGACAGCUUCCUCCGGCCCGCUGCCUUCGUGGUGACACCACACCCACUGCCCGGUACCACCACUGACUUCUGGAGGCUCGUGUACGACUACGGCUGCACCUCUGUGGUGAUGCUCAACCAGCUCAACCAGUCCAACUCUGCCUGGCCUUGUCUGCAAUACUGGCCUGAACCGGGCCUGCAGCAGUUCGGACCCAUGACGGUGGAGCUCUUGUCCAGGACGGCAGACGAUGACGUCAUCAUCCGUCUGUUCCGUGUUCAGAACAUCACCCGGCUUCAGGAAGGCCAGCUAGUAGUGCGUCACUUCCAGUUCCUGCGCUGGUCUCCAUACCGCGACGUGCCCGACUCCAAGAAAGCCUUUCUCAGCCUCUUGGCUCAGGUCCAUAACUGGCAGAGGGAGUGUGGGGAGGGACGCACUGUUGUCCACUGCCUGAAUGGUGGCGGUCGAAGCGGUACGUUCUGUGCCUGCACAAUGAUCCUGGAAAUGAUUCGUCAUCAUAGCAUGGUGGACGUGUUCUUUGCUGCCAAAACACUGCGCAACUCCAAACCAAACAUGGUGGAGACAAUGGAGCAGUAUCGGUUCUGCUAUGACCUGGCCCAGGAGUACCUGGACUGUUUGGAAGUCAGAUAGCACCUAUCCUUCUCUUCUCGUCCCACCUCAAGGAAAUGGUCCAGAUCUUGGAGCCUUCUUCCUGGGUCUUUGCCCCUGCCUCCUUAGUCCAUGUAUACAACUCUGGUUGGCUUCUUUGCCCUGCCUGGAUGAGACGUCUGCAGAAAGGCUGACAGAGAAAGCUCACUGGACAACUUGUACCAUACUUCUGAAACCCUUUUUGCUUUUUCCGUGGCGCUCUGAUCCAGCCCCUACUCUUUUGUGCCACUUUACAUCUGCCAAACCAGAGGACUCUUAACAGGAGUGGAGUUCAUUUUAUAAGACCACUGUCAAGGCAGUCUGUUGUACACCUCGCCAACGGCAUUCAAAGAGCUCUGCUGUAACCUGCCUUACUAUGAACAAACACUGAAACGGAACUGUAGUUGAUGCCAACCACUGGGUGAUAUUUUGUGUUUGUGACACUGUAAAUGGUGCAAUAUGCUGUUGGUGAACAUCCCAUGUUGUACUGUACUAUAUUUGAACUUUAUCAUGGGUGAGGCUGACGAUUGAAGGUUAAAAAAGGCUAACAGGAGAGUAGCCGGUCACAGCUGAUAGACAUAUCUGUACAGUGGAAUUGUCUUGGACCUAAUUUCUCUUUAUUUAUUCUUUAUGUAUAUAGAUGUUUUUUUUUUCCUUCCUUCGGGUGUUUCUAGAUGUUCUCAACGUCUUAUCAAUGUGCCAAUCCAUUCUCUCUGUGUCUGUAAAUGGGUUAGGGUUCAACAUCUGCAUGCCCAGUCUUAAGUGUUUCAUUGCAGUGUGUGGCCCAAGUCUGCUUCAGGUUGGAUUCUGCAACCCGAAUCCCUCCGCUAGUCCUGAGAGAGCUCCAUCAGAAUAACCAUGUGUUGCUGUGAGAAGACGGCGAAAAUCUGUCGCUUUCUAAAUUUGUAUUUAUUCAGUGUGUUUUAUUUUCUAAAUAGUGUAUAAAACAGAAAAGAAAUAAAAUCUGCUGUUGCUUAGCAGUC